AUGGAUAAGCCACCGUCACCGACUCUUAUGGAGACUGCUCCAACUCGCGCCAACCGCGAGGACCUCCCCAUCGCAGAAGUCUCAUGGCUUGAGUCCAAGUUGAAGCCAAAGAGCGUUCAUGCGCGCUAUCCUUUUAAAGGGAAGCCUCUCCUCUGGAUGACUUGCGCAUUUGGAAGUCUUGGUGAUGCCUUGUUCGGCUAUGAUCAGGGUAUCGUGGCCGGUCUUCUAGUCAAUCCAGUGUUUCUCUCAAGGAUCUUCUCUGAAUACGGCGGUGCGGACGGAACGAGCGAGAAUAUCGAUCCUUCAAUUACAGGCAUCCUCGUAGCAUGCCUUCAAGUCUCGGCGGCUCUCGGGUCCCUUAUUGCUGGCAGCCUCGGCGACAUGAUAGGACGAAAGAGAUGUGUACGGCUAGGCGGUUUCAUCUACUUUGCCACCGCCUUUAUUCAAGCCUUUGCCCCUGGUUUCAAGACAUUCAUUGCUGGUCGCACUCUGCAGGGCUUGGGCGUUGGCUUCCUUUCCAUGACUGUUCCAGUCAUCCAGACUGAGAUCGCCGCACCGCACCGCCGUGGCCUUAUGGUUGGUGUCGAAUAUACAUUCCUCAUUGGCGGCUACGCACUUUCGACCUGGGUUGACCUUGGCUUCUAUUAUCUCAUUCCCAAAAGCGAGUCAUGGCAGGGACCCUACUUUAUCCAAAUGGCUCUUGCAUUUAUCCUUUUCUCCAUGUCCUUUAUUCUUCCCGAGACUCCCCGCUGGCUGGCGCGCAACGGUUUCGCAAAAGAAUGCCUUCAAACAGUCGCGGAUCUGCACACCCCAGAUGGGAAUACGCAAGCUGAGCACGUCCAGCAGGUCAUGCUGGAGAUUGACGAGGCUGUGCGCUACGAAGCAACUUUGAAACAGUCAACUUGGCUAGAGAUGUUUACUCGUUAUCGCAAACGUACCAUUGUUGGCAUUACGGCGCAGAUGUUUGCUCAGCUCAACGGCAUCAAUGUCAUCUCGUUCUAUCUACCUACGACCCUUGCUAAGGCCGGUAUGAGCCAGGAAAAGUCCUUGCUCUACACAGCUGCCAACUCUAUCCCCUAUGUUUCUGCUACGGUUCUUACUUGGUGGUUGGCUGAUAGAUGGGGACGACGUCCGCUCUUGAUUCUAGGUGGUAUCCUUAUGGCCAUCGCCCUUUGCAUCGUUUGUGCCUUUACCGAAGCCCACAUCCCCAACUCUAACACACGAGCCCACGGCAUCUACGCCUUCGUUGUCAUUUACAACGCUAUCUACGGUUUCACCUGGGGCCCAAUUCCAUGGUUGCUACCUGCUGAAGUCUUCCCACUACGCGCUCGAAGCAAAGGCAUGGCGCUUGCUACAUGCUCCAACUGGCUGUUCAACUUUGCCAUCGGUAUGUCGGCCCCGGACGCAUUCGAUGGCAUUGGAGGAUACUACUACGUGAUCAUUGCGGGCUUCUGUCUAAUAUCCGUUGGACUUGCAUACUUUUAUUAUGUUGAGACGGCAGGCCAUACACUCGAGGAGAUUGCACUGGCAUUUGGUGAUAAAGCGUUUAUAGACGAUGAUGGUGCGGUUGUUGGAGCAGCACAUCUAGGAAGAGACGAUGCUGUCAAGUCGGUCAUGGCUUGA